AUGGCGGACCAGGGCGAGAAAAAGGAGAACCCCAUGAAGGAGCUGCGCAUCCGUAAACUGUGCCUGAACAUUUGUGUGGGCGAGAGCGGAGACAGACUGACCCGAGCCGCCAAAGUGCUGGAGCAGCUCACAGGACAGACCCCCGUGUUCUCAAAGGCCCGAUACACUGUGCGAUCCUUCGGUAUCCGCAGAAAUGAAAAGAUUGCGGUUCACUGCACCGUCCGAGGAGCCAAGGCCGAGGAAAUCCUGGAGAAGGGACUCAAGGUGCGUGAGUACGAGUUGAGGAAAAACAACUUUUCCGACACCGGAAACUUCGGGUUUGGGAUCCAGGAACACAUCGAUCUGGGAAUCAAGUACGACCCCAGCAUCGGGAUCUACGGACUGGACUUCUACGUGGUUUUGGGCCGACCCGGGUUCAGCAUCGCCGACAAGAAGCGGAAACGAGGCCGUAUCGGCUUCAAACACCGGAUCCGCAAAGAGGAGGCCAUGCGCUGGUUCCAGCAGAAAUACGACGGCAUCAUCCUCCCCGGGAAGUAG